AUGAUUCAAAACUCUGCUGGUUGUCGAUCACUGAAUACCACGUCUCCGAUGACCAUGCAGAUAAAAAGCCAGGAAAAAAUAUGUGCCCGUUGUAACAAGCCAGUUGUACAAGACAUCCACAGAGCAAAGACGACGUUGAAGGCCCUCGGGAAAUACUACCACGAAAAUUGCUUUACGUGCCAAGAUUGUAGAAAGCCUUUGAAACCUAAAUACUUCCCAUAUCAAGUGGACGGUACAAGUCAACCUAUCCUAUUAUGUCAAUACGAUUAUUUCAGAAGACAUAAUUUAUUAUGUCACGUAUGUGAUACUCCAUUACGUGGAUUAUAUUAUACUGCAUUUGGCUACAGAUAUGAUGAAGAGCAUUUUUCCUGUACAAUCUGUGCUACUCCAUGCGGUGUAAAAAAGUGUUUUAUGUAUGAAAAUCAAUUAUAUUGUAAGUACCAUUUUCUCAAAUAUUUCUCCAAACGUUGUAAAGGUUGCAAAUUCCCAAUAUCAGAUCAAUAUAUAGAGUUUCCUAAGGGUGAAGAAAUACAUUGUUGGCAUCCAGAAUGUUACGGGAUUCAUAAGUAUUGGCAUGUGAAUCUGGCUGCCGAAACCGUUGGUUUACAAUACCUUCCCAAAUUAGAAUAUAACCCAAACGUGGAAGACAAAGAUAUAAAUCCGACUUCAUAUGAGCUAGAUAAACAAAUGCAGGCAUUUAACUUUAUUCUAUCUAAAACAUGGUCUGUUUUAUAUCGUUUUGAGGAAGAAGCAGCCUCUUGCAUUUCUGAUAUGUUUCAAUACUUGACGAGUAAUGAUCAAUUGAAAGGCAUAGAAUCCACAGCUUUAUUAGUAAUAAAAAUUGACUGUCUCUUUAGGGGGCUUGAUGUUCUGAAUCUUUCAAUCAACAAAAGCAUGUCCGGUAGUAGUGAACCUGAAUAUAUCGAAGGCAAUUCAAUGUCUAUUAACAAAUAUAGUAAGUUUCCUAAAAAUCUUUCUACCAAAAUAAUGAUAUAUUUACAAUUAUUAAGAAAGUUGGGGACAGAGAACAAAAAUGAAAACAUUACAAUCUCAUCUUUCAUGUCUGUCAUUACCGGAUUAGCCCAUUUUUUAAAACUAUUAACUAGAUUUGGAUUAUACACAGCCCUAGAAAAUAAUAAAGCAACCCGUUCAGUAAAUCCAUUGCUGAGAUUUUUAAGAGAAGUGGAAAAAAAUGAACUCUUUGAAAAUAAUGCAUUUCAAUACAUAAAGACACCUGUUAAUGCUACGGAUAGUUGCGCUGGAUGCAACAAAUACAUACAGGAGGAAUGUGUUCAAUUUUACGAACAUAGGUGGCAUAUUGCUUGUUUCAUUUGUUCCUCAUGUCAUAAAAAUAUCGACCCGAUGAGCUUAACGGAUCUGACCUUCAAUAAAGAAAAAAGAAGAAUACUAUGCUCCCAUUGUUCAAUCGAUGACCCUGCGUCCGUACCAGGUUUCAAAUUUGUCAGUAAAUUGGCACAACUAAUUUUUCUCUUAAAAAUUGCACUAGUUAAAUCAAGAACGGUUAUGUUAAAAUCAAAAGCAUCCAAUAUAGCUGGCAGAAAACUCGUACAGAGUACUAUGUUGAAGGAACAAACCUAUAUCAGAACAUUAAAUGACAUCAAAAGAUUGAGAUCAAGAAGAGAAAGCGUUCGAAUCACCCAUAACAAACAACAAGCUAGAAAAUCAGUGAUACUGGAAACGACGGAGACAGAUUUGAACGACCCAAUAAAACAAGAGGGGAACAAAAAUCUCAUAAUUGAAACAGAUGAUUUGUCUUCUAGUCAGCAAGUCAGUACGCGUGAAAAUGUUUUUAGCAAUACUAAGACAUUGACUUUGGACGAUAUUUCACGUAUUGUUGCGGCUGAACAAGCAAGAGAGUUGAGACCCAACGCAUUUACACACUUCAAGAAAUUGAAGGAAACGGAUGAUGAAACUUCCAAUGUUGUUCCCAAGAAAAGUGGAGUCUACUACUCGGAAUUAAGUACUACAGAACUAUCGAUAAUUAGAGCUAUCAGUUUGUCACUGUUAGCCAAUAAAAAAUUAAUAUCGAAAACUGAUCCUAAUUAUAAUAACUUAGUUUCUAUGGUUUUUUCAAAUGAAAAACAAGUUUUAACAGGUAGUUUUUGGAGCAAAAUGAAAAUUAUAAUGAGCAUGGAGCCUAAAAAACCGAUAGCCAAGACCGUUUUUGGCACUCCCUUGGAUGUAUUGUGUGAGAAAUGGGGCGUUGAUUCCGAUUUAGGUGUAGGUCCGGUCAAAAUCAGAAUUCCCAUAAUUAUUGAUGAACUUAUAUCAUCUUUAAGACAAAUGGAUAUGUCAGUGGAAGGUAUUUUCAGAAAGAAUGGAAAUAUCAGAAGGCUGAGAGAACUGACAGCUACCAUCGACAGUAAUCCAACAGAGGCACCUGAUUUUUCGAAAGAAAAUGCAAUUCAGCUAUCAGCUUUGUUGAAGAAGUUUAUUAGAGAACUGCCUCAACCAAUUUUAUCAACCGAUUUAUAUGAAUUGUGGAUAAAAGCUGCCAAAGUUGAUUCAGAAGAUGAGAAGCAGCGCAUUAUAUUAUUGAUAUAUUCUCUACUGCCCACCUACAAUCGCAAUUUACUUGAAGCACUUCUAUCAUUUUUACAUUGGACAUCCUCUUUUUCCUACAUUGAAAAUGAAAUGGGAUCAAAAAUGGACAUUCACAAUUUAUCAACAGUUAUAACGCCUAAUAUCCUGUACCUGUCCCAUAAAGAAAUUUCCAACGAUAGCGUCCCAGAAGAACCGGAAUCAGGUUUGGUUGACUCAUUUGCACAAAACGAAGGGGAGAAUUAUUUUUUGGCUAUUGAGGUUGUUGAUUACUUGAUCACCCAUGAUGAGGAAAUGGCAAUGGUUCCCAAAUUUUUGAUGAACUUGUUAAAAGAGGUGCAACUGCAAAAAUUGGAUAACUACGAGUCAAUAAACCAUUUUAUUUCCGACAUACUGCUAGAAAAAACAAUCGAUUAUUCUGAAUGUAAUGUAAAGAGUCCUGUCACAGUCAGGGAUUCCACCACCAUGGUCAUGCAAGGCGAAAUAAACAAAUAA